AAAUACAGCAAUCGCUACUCAAGUACACGGCAAGACCAGCCCAGGAAGAAGAACUCCGACCUAUCGAUGUGUGCCGAACCAAUACAUAACUAGCCCUGCAGGGAUAUUUUUUUCACUUCAAUUUCGUAAACGCUUUCUGACAUCAAGCUACUAUAUCAUUAUUUGACUUCUCAUCUCCCCAUUAACUACACCCAAAUGAGGAACAGAUUUUUCGACUGCAGUUGAUACAACCGUGAAGAAAUGGCAGACGAUGAGAUCGACUACAAUAUUGUGUUUCCAGAUGCAGUGACAUCGGAAAGACACUGGCAGGGGACAAAGGAGCCGGUUGUCGUUCUCCUGGGCUGGGCUGGUUGCAAAGACAAACACCUCUCCAAAUACAGCUCCAUCUACAAUGAGCAGGGCUGCGUGACCAUCCGCUACACGGCCCAGCUGAAGUCCGUCUUCAUCUCGGAGUCGUUCGGCUUCAAGGAGCUGAGUGGCACGGCCCUGAAGCUUCUGGAGGUGCUGUACGACUACGAGGUGGAGAACAGCCCCGUCUUCUUCCACAUCUUCAGCAACGGCGGCUUCAUGCUCUACCGCUACGUGGUGGAGCUGCUGCACAGCGACAAGCAGUUCAGCUCGCUGCGCGUCAUCGGCGCCGUGGUGGACAGCGCCCCCGGCAGCGCCAACGUGCGGGGCGCCCUGCGGGCCCUCACCGCCACCCUGGGGCCCAGGGUCAACCCGGUGCUGUGGUGUGUCCUGACGGCGCUGUUUGCCGUGACGGUGUUCCUGCUGCGCGUGGUGCUCUACCCCAUCACCAAGUACGUCCACCGGAACCAUUAUGACGCCAUGGCGGACCACCCGCCGCCCUGGCCCCAGCUCUACCUGUACUCCGGAGCCGACCGGGUCAUCCGGCACAAGGACGUGGAGGACAUGGUGGGGACCCUCCGGCGCCACGGGGUCCCGGUGGAGAGCGUCGACUUUGCGUCGAGCGCCCACGUCAGCCACUUCCGGGACUUCCCGGUGCAGUACACGCAGCGGUGCCGCGACUUCCUGGUGGCCUGCAUGGCGAGCGGGGAGGAGUCCCAGGGGAGGAGCAGACGGCUGGUUCAGGCACAGUGAGACCAGGGGGGUGGGACUGGGAGGGGGGGUCUGUGGUCUCCUGUUGGGAGACCAUGGAGGGGGGGGUCUCAACCUCCCUCUUCCCCCCUGCAUGGACCAAAGGGUGAGGAGGUAAAUUGGUAGAGUAGUCUGGCUGUUGGCUGAUCGCUGCUACGACUACACGCACCUCUACAGAAUCGAGCUAGGAUGGGAGCUAGUAAAUCUCCCCCGAGUGAUUGUUGAUUGGUUCAUUGGAAAUUUUGAGACAUUUAACUCCUAGCGGUUCCUGUUUCACUUCCUGGUUCACAUUCAAGUUCUCGUUGAACAAGGCUUUAGACGCUGUCUGUAGAAACUGAUUGCUACACUCACUGUUUGCUUGCAUAACCUUUUAAAACACACACACACACACACACACACACACACACACACACACACACACACACACACACACACACACACACACACACACACACACACACAGGCUCGCUCUAUCCGUAUGUACCUACGGCACUACUGUAUUGUAACACAUGUAGAAAAUGAACACUAUGGCUUACACUGGAUAUAUGUAUUCCAAAUUGACUUGACACCAUUGUCUGCCUUGAGUAUAUAAUCAUGAAACCAUUUUGACAGUGUUUAGGAGUCUUAACACCAUUCUUUGUUACUGUUACAAGAGCCCAUCUUUAUUUAGAAAGUAUAUUGUGAUGGAUAUUCUAAGUAUGUCCAGAUAGAAAGUGAUAAUAUUAUGCCCAGUCAGCCACUUGUUUUAAGUGACUUUAAGAGUGAAUUUAUGAAUUUAACGGCUUCAAUAUUACUCUGUGUAGGCUAUUGCCUUUUAUUCAGGCUACCCAAUGGAUUAUGUUUAAGUGCUGCAGAAGAUGAAGGGAGUGGAGUUCUGUUGUAUUAAUGUGAUAUAACUUCUACAACAUUGGGUUGGAUUAAUGUGAAAAUUAUGCUUAUUGAUUCACAACGUUGUGGUUAAAUAUAAACGCGAAAGUAACUUCAAGCUUGAAUCUUCUAGGCAUUGAUCAAUCAAUCAAUCCUUACAGCACUUUAAUUUACUAAAAACCAGUCCAGUCUUAUUAUGCAAUUUCAGUUACACAUUUUUCUAAAUAAUCCAUCAUUAGCUCAUCUCAAAUUUAAUAAAAUAAAUCUGAAUUAUUCUCUAAUGAUAAAUAUAUCUAGGCCUGUGUUUUAAAAAGAGCAUGUUCUUUGAAUAAUAAUGAGUGACAGUAAACUUAUACAGAGAUACAUUUAGAUAUUAAGACAUCAUUUAGUAUAAUUAUUUUAUUUCCCAUAUCGUUUCCAACGGACAAGCCUGUCUUUCCUCUUACCAACGGACUUGAUUUGAGUAACGGACAGGACGUUCAGUGACCUCCAACGGUCUAUAGAGGGCAGCCUUUAUCCACAUUAGCCCUGCACAGUGCAGCCGGACGGUGCAUUCAAUUUGAACAAUGAUAUUUUGUUAUGGGUUCUCCCAAGUGCGCAAAUAAAGGCUGUGUACCAGCAUUGCGUCUACAGAAGCCAUUGUAUGAUUUAAGUGUUUGUUUGUUGUGCAGUACACAAGGAAAGGGAGGCAUUAGAUUGGUAGGAAAGGUUUUUUUUUGGUAUGAAGAAAAGCAUCUUAACAAACAUAAAACACAAUCACCAUUCCGUUUGAAAGCUUUUUGGUUGUAUAUAUUUUUUACAGUUCCAGGAAUUGUGUGUUAUGUAGGCUACUUUAUUUUAAAAAAUAAAUAAAUCGAGGUGGCCUGAGGCAUUUCCUUUGUUAAGUUA